AGAAGCGGUGCUCGACUGCCCGUCAAGAUUAUGGUCACAUGGCCUUGUGACAGCAAUGAUAAGCGCUCUUCUUUUGUGCGCCUACAAACUUUUUAUUUGAUUGCCAAGUAAAUCACUUUGAAAGAGCAGUGCGUGCUCUGAAAGCCGUUGAGGGCGACAACUUGGCGCCCUUUUUUUUUCGAAGCCCUCAGCGUCGUAUCCCGCCGCGUAUGCUCGUGGUUCUAACCUGUUUUCGCACCACCGAAUUCGGGCCUAUUGGAUUACUUCCCCUAAUUAACCGGCACGAAGUGGCAAGUUGCGGCAUGAGCCAGCGAGCGGUCGCUGUCAUGAAUGGUUCCUCUGUUGCACAAAGCCAAGUCCUGUUGCACAAGUAGGUCGAAACAUUCCGCUACCAUAUGGACGGGGAACACAAUUUGCCACCGAAAAAAGCUUGGCUCAGACGCAAGCAAGAACUUGCCCUGCCACCUCUAAUUCCUUCCAAGGAUUCCAAUGAACAAGAGGCCCAAAGCAACCCCCAGAUAUCGCCCGAAGCAACAGUUUCGGCGCCUAGCUGCCCAGAGCCCGCGCUGCGCACCCAAGAACGCAGUAGGAACACGGGCAGCGACGAAGCACGUCGUCCUUUGCCUGGUAGACACAACUUCGGUACCUCUUUGCAGGCAGGCUGCUUUCAGGCGUUCCGCAAUGCUCUUCACAAUGGUGUCGUCAGCUUAGUCGGUUUACGACGCAAAAGGCGAAGGGCAGGCGCUGAAGAAAGCGCCACACUGAGCAAGCCGGUACCGACGGAUCGUGCAAGUGGAUUGACACAACGUGACGACGAUGACAACUCUGAGGGAGGCGCCCGUAGGAGGUCGCUCAAUCCUGGACCUGCCUAUGGUUCCGGGGACGGCUCUAGCCCAAGGAAGCGUGCUUCGCCAGCCGCCGAAGAAACAACCACCGUUGCCCUGAAAUCUGGGGACAAGGCUGACCUGCAGGAGGCAUCUGCGGUAGAAUAUUUCGAAAUUUCCGGACAGAAAGAGCGAAGUAUAAGGGCACCCUCGCAGAUCGAUUUGGUGUCGGAAGAAACAGUUGAUUAUCAAGUUAAGGCUACCGGGGAACACGGCCAACUUUGGUUCAGACUGCCGAAAGCGCACGAGCCGCUGGAACCAGAGUGGUCGCCGUCGUCGACAAGCCAAGUCACCGUCGAUGUAGACAAGCUGCUUAUGCCUCCCCCUCCAGUCCCGUGGGGCAGGAAAAUAACGCGUCGCAAAGUACGUCAGCCUGCUUUUGAUUUGACGCCGCAAAUACCUUCGUCAUCACUCUUCAGCGCAGAUUGCUCCCAGAUGGGUUUCUCGGAAGAGUCGCAGCUCUCCACUUCAACACAGCCUUCCCCUUCUGAAGACGUAGCUCCCCAGUCGAGCUCGACACCAACGCAGGCGUGCGAUUUUGGAAGCAAGGGUGAGCACCAGCAGCCACACAACGUCUCAGGCGACGACCGUUCGGCUGAAGCACGCGAACAGGAGCAACCUGAUCCGUCGAAUCAGCCUCGUAGUUUGUUGCCGGCAGCUUUGCUUGGCCAAAUAGGCGGAAAAUUUAAACGUCGCAAUCCCGCUUUGUCGACAUCGGAUCAGCCUGCGGAACUCGGAUCAACUAGUGAGUACCAGAGAAGCGAACGCCACGCUUCGAGUCAGUACAAAGGUGAGCCUUCAUCGAAAGCGCCGCAGGAGUUGGAUAGCUUUCGUAAAAAUCGGGAUGCGGACCGCACUGCUGUUGAUAUACGUGAGGGUCAUGGAAACGUUCAAGAGAAUCCUCCAGAACAGGACUUUACAACUGCGGCCUUCACGGUCCGUCGAGAUCCCGGUUGUCGGAAGUCUGACAAAAGUGUUGCUUCUCAAGCGAUUUGUUCAGAAAAAGAUAAGCAAGAGUGCGGUGGAAAUACCGGCGCUGCCAAAGAACGCGGGAAGAAAUCUGUCCAGGAUGGGUUGACUAAAGAAUCCUCAAUCGAUGUGGAAUCGACAGAUGAUUAAGCUACUGAUCAGGAAAGUCAUGGUACAUCAGCGGUUGUUACUGAGCCUGCGGGGGCAACUACUUCGUCCGCGGCUGCAGCAUGGGUACCGACUAAAACUGACUAGACGACGACUACGAAUUUCGCCACUGUUUCACGUCGUUGGUUCAAUUAACUAAUGUCCACCAGGAUAACUAGAUGGCAUGCUCGCUGUAUACUAUAAAGAAAAAAUAGGGCAAAGCGGCGUCAAUCGAGAAGACCAGAGGUGGCCUUAGAAGUAGAGCUGGACCACCGAUGGCAAGUAUAAGAAGAGGCAUACCGAGUACUUGUGAAACCUAGAUGAGCUAUUCCCUUUUAUUCUCUGGACACGUGACGCCCGUCAUAAGGUGACUGUGUUUAUAAUAAAGAAUUUUCAAAAGCGA